AUGCUGCGGGAGGACUCAAAGAAGCUGGAAGGAAGGACUCAGGAGCCAGUGGCGUACAACGGGAAGUACCUAUCGCAGAACAAGAUGUGGACUCGAGAGGAGGAUGAGCUGUUGAGGCAGCUGGUACAAAAGUACUCCAACAUCCCGCGUCCACAUCUCUGGCACGAGGUCUCAUGUGGGACCAUCGAUGGCUCGAAACGUCUUCUUCGGGCUCCCCAACGAUGCAACAUUCGCUGGGGGGAGUUAUACCCUUUCCCAUCGAGUCGAACCGGAAGCUGGUCCAAGCAGGAAGAGUUGCGUUUACAGGAGGCCAUCUCGGAGCAGUUGGAGGGCAAGUAUCAGGUCGCUAUCGACAUUCUGGACCCUGGUCGGAGGAGGAGCUGA